AUGUCUGAGAUCCACCAAGAAGCUGUCAAACUCAACCAGCAACAUUUUGAUGCCGCAAAGGUGCAUUCAUACGACCGCAAGGAUUUGACACAGACGAUAAGUAAAUUGGCUCCGUACAUGCUCUUGAGCUAUCCUAAACUCAAGUUUGAACCUGGCUUCGAUUAUACCAUCCUCCCAAAAACUUCCCCUAUUUUCAACCCGAUAAAGACAUAUAUGGAUUUUGCGUGUGGAACUGGGAUUGUCACACAGAAGCUUGUUCCGUAUGUGAAAAACGUGAUAGGAAUUGACAUCAACGAAGAGUUUCUUGAAGUUUUCUCCAACCGUCUCGGGAACUCCGCCAAAGCCUACCUCCUAGACUUGUUAGACACAUCUAAAGAAAAGCAAGUAGAGCAAUUCGUAGCCUCAGCCGACAUCAUCACCUGCACUAUUGCGUACCAUCAUUUGGGUGACUACGAGUCCAUCACCAAGAAGCUAGUUCUGUUUUUAAAGCCCAAUGGGCAUCUUUUUGUGCUUGACUUCUAUAACCCAGAUGUCGAAAAAACCAGCUCAGACCGAGUCAAAGUUUCCCCUGCCGCCAAACACAUGGGAAGCUUAAAGAAGAGUGCUUUACAGGAAACAUUCUCGGAUGCUGGUCUUUCAGAUAUCACAGUUGAUGUGAACGUUACUACUAAAGUGUGGCUAGAGAUGAAGUUCAUAUUAGGUCAUUGCACAGAAGCCCUACAAGAGCAGGCUAAGUUGGGGAGACUAGCACAUAAGACUGUCGACGGGAUCGAGAUGUAUCACGCCGAGGUGAGUCUUGUAUUAGCAGUUGGACGUAAAUAG